AUGGUGUUUACCAGCUACUUUUGGAAGGAGCUUUUCAAGAUGAUGGGGGUGAGCUUGGACAUGAUUUCAGCUUACCACCCCCAAUCAGAUGGCCAAACAGAAAGAGUGAAUCAGUGUGUGGAGACUUAUCUCCGCUGCGACACACGAUCCACGCAGAUAAAGCGUGACCCAAUCACACUGGUCGUUUGCCAGCAAACCCGAGCAGAUGAAUGCACCCUUCGCAAUGAAUGUCGGGCAGAUAAAAAUUACACGCUUCGCUACAAAAUCCUAGCAGAUAAUUCGAACAAUUCGUGUGCCCGUUUGGGCGAGCAGAUGAGUACCGCGCAAACGAAAGCCGCGCAGAAGAAUGCCGCGCAAAUGUUCAAGACACCCCACCACACGGCUCGCUCAAAACCGUUUGGCCGGGCAGAUAAAUGCCGCGCAGAUGAAUGCCGCACAAAUGUUCAAAACACCCCACCAUACGGCUCGCUCAAGCCCGUUUGGCCGAUCAGAUGA